CUGCUCCCACAGAGCUGCCAGAGGGAGCUGAAAGGAGGAAACAGGAGGCAUUCUUCAUUGGACAUAUGAGGGGGAAGAUGAGCCGCCGCUGAGACGUCAGACAUGGACAAACAGAAAGUGCUGGCCAAGCUGAUUUGGGACCUGCAGUCCUUCCUAUCUGUUCUGGACUCAGAGAACCUGAGUUACAUCGCUCAGGCUCAGAAGAAAUCCAUCUCAGAGCUGCUGUCCAAACUACAGACUCAGGACUCUCCUGUGGAAGAUGCUGAGUACAUGAUCAUGAACUGUCCAUCAUCGUCUCCUAGCAACGAGCUGACAGAUGCACCUGGGACAGAAGGUCUCUGGUCCUCUGAGCUGGUCUCAAAUCUGGACUUUUCUGCCUGGCUGAGGACUGGGGGCCCCACAGUGCUGCCCCAUCCUCCUGGAGGUCUAGGAGAUGAUGAAGAGGAUACAUACGAGGAGGCGGAGCCUUACAUAGCUGCAGACACCACUACAACCAACACAGAGAACGCCGACUCAGACAGCAGUCACUAUGAGUCAUACGGUGAGGAGGAGGAUGAUUACGAAGGGGAGGAGCAUGUGAAGGACAGAGCUCACUAUAUCCAGUGGAGCGCCUCGCAGCCCUGCCUGAGACCCACCCCUGAAUCCCGGCUCUGUGGGUACCUGUGGAGGAGGAAGUGGCUCGGACAGUGGAGCAAACACCUCUUCAUCAUCAGGAACGACGUGCUGCUGUGUUAUAAGUGUGCUCGGGACCUGCUACCACAGCUGGAGUUGAACCUGCGUGGCUGUAAGCUUGUCUACAAGUCAAAGACCAAUGCCAGGAUCCAACACCAGCUCAAACUGAUGCUGCUGGGCUCCGACUCACUGGUGCUGGGCUACAGCAGCUUCCAGCAGGCUGACGAAUGGAGAAGGGCGAUCGAGGAGGUGAGCGUUGGAGGUGAGGUGAAGACUCGGAGCUUUUCCUCUUUAAACAAGUCAGAGCAGCUGCUGUCCUGCAGGUCCAGUACAGUCCAGACUGACUCUGAUGAGGAGAAACCUUCAGUUCACCACAGCCUCAACAAGGACAAAGGUUUCCUGAACGUGCUGAUGAACUGUCAGUGGCAAAGUUUAUUGUGUCAGGUAGAGGGAGGACUCCUCAACAUGUUUGGAGAAGAAGAGGAUAAGGAAGAGGAGGUGAAAAGAGAGCGUUCACCUCAGUACACUGUCCAGCUCAGAGGCUGUGAGGUCAAAGCUGGACCAGACACAGAACACUCCCACAGGAUCUCACUGAGCAUGCUCGGUGACCAGGUGGCUGUGCUGGAGGUCAGCUCUUCAGAGGAAAAACUGCGGUGGUUUAAUCUGCUGCAGGAUGGAGCUGCCAAUCACAGUCACCAUGACAACAAGUCACAGGAGCACACAAGUGGUGCUCUCAGUGGGCUUCAGACUCGCAGGUUUCCCACCUCCAACACCUACAUGGACGACCCCUUCAGUCUGAGUGGAGUCGACCGAGACCAGCCCGUUUACUCCAAUACUUCCGUCCUGGAGCACAUACUUCACAGCUCUCAGGAUUCGGUUCACCGCAGCUCAGUCUCGUCCAGAGACUCGGUGACCUACAGCAACCUCAGCAGCCACAACAGGAAGCCGGCUGAAGUGCAGCGAGCCGUUCAGAAGCUUGAGCUGGCUGGAAGGAGGACGAUGCCGCUCCGGGCUGGAUCAGAGACCAACCUGGCCUCUGCUGCCAAGCAAAACAAGCGCAACUCCUUCAGACAGUCCCUGGCCAUCUGCACUGAGCGCGCUCAGGUGGGCUUCCUGAACCCUCUGCUACGACGGACAGCCUCGGCUAAAAACUCUCUGAAACGAGCUCCCUCAGCGCUCUUUAUCGAACAUGGAAAGGUUUUCCAGAGGAAGAAGGAAUGGGAGACCAAAGCUGCUGCUUGACAUCAGAUCAAUAUCACAUCCAAUUAACCACCGUAGGAUUAAUACAGAUAACAUAUGCAUCGUUUUGAUCCCCUGAGGGGAAGCAGCAGGAGCUGCGCUCUGCUGUGAUUGGUAGUUAAGGUUCAGGUGGGCUAGAUCCAAUGUUUCACCAGCAGCUUGUUUUGAGCUUUGUAUUUUCAUCCUGGGCCUUCUUUCCAUCCCUUUAUUCAGUCUUUCUUAAACAACCUCGUUUUAGCUGCUGUCUCUUUAAAAAUCCCUUUCUUCUGAUUGGCCAGUUGCUGGAAGCCACUGGGAGGCAGAACAAAUGGCCACGUAAACACAUACACAAGUAGGAAAAGCAGCAGUUUCUGAAACUGAAUAUUUAGCUUACUGGAAGUCUUUGACAGACAUUUACUGCAUUAUUUUAAUUUUCAGCCACAUGAGGAUGUUAAAUUUAGACUCGAAGAGAAAAUAAGAGAAAACCAGAACAUGUUCCUGUAGCUACCAAUAACACCAAUAAAAUGCAGCCAAUAACAUAAUAACAAUAACAUGUCAAUAACUAAUAACACUUUACCAGUAAUAUAAAACAUUGUCAUGCUAUUGGUUGGUCAGUUGACUGAACAUGCAAAAAAAUCCUUUUAAAAUGUAAUAAUACAGAAACAUCUCAGAAAUACAAGAUUUUUUUUCUUUCAGUAGUUUUUCCUUCAAAAAUAGGUAUGAGCACAUACAUGGCGCGUCAUUAUUAUCUGUGUUAUUACAUAAAAAAUGGCCAAACUGAUCAUGUUAUUGGUUACUACGCCCCCUUUAAGCAGCAUCAGUAAAGCCGUCUCUGUGUUGUUGACUUUAAUAAAUAACAGUGUUGACUUGAGAAGAAAAACUUGGAAUUAGCUCCUUAUUUUGACCUGUUUUCUACUUAACUAAAACUUAAGGACUUUGUGUCUGUUGGACAUACUCUGAAAACUACGGCAGCCCUGCGGUACAUUAAACAACUAAAUUAAAGUAUUUCAGAAAUAUACACAUAUACACACACACACACAUUAAAUAAAUGUGUUUGUUUAUUUUGUUAGUAUUUGUUUGUUGGUAGAAAUAUUGUUGUCUUUCUUAUCUUGUUUUCUAAAAUGCUUUUUACUUAUUCAUCUAAAAAGUGGUUGUUUUGUGUUGUAGGGUUUAUUCCAGUGUUGUUUGGUUCGUCCCUCGUGGAUCCUGGACAUGUAUGCUGUCGUAGCGACGGUGCAGAAACACUCAGAUGACUUUUAGUUGUAUAACUGGUCUAUGGUAUAUUCAGGGAUUUACAUACAACUAAAUAACACGUUAAACAUUAAUUCAGGUCUACAUAAAAGCAGUUCACCUCUCCAUCCCUGCCAAACGGUGUCUUACCUGCAGGGUUUCAGACCGAGGAAGCACAAAGAAACGAUGAGGUGAAUUUUCUGUCCACUCGUGUCCAGACAUGUGAUCACACUCGAAAAAAGAAACUUGUGUUUAUCAUUCCACUGACAUAAUUUCACUUUCUGUUCUUCACUUGUUCAUUCAUGAAUAAUUUCUGUUUUUAUUUCCUUCUUUGUGUUUGUUUUGUUUUAAUCCCACACGGCCCGUUUCAUGACUGUGUGAUUCUAUAACUGCUGUUUUCACCAUGUACUGACCAGCAAGCGUAACUGUAGACUGUAGAUAGUAAAUGUUUAUUACCGUGACGACCACUUCUUGUAGCGUUUUAUAUUUACUGUACUUUGUACUCAGGAAAAUGUUUCUUUUUGACCAAACACUGAUCUGUAAAGAAUUAAAAUCUGAUUUUUACAAAGUA